CGAAAAUUUAACGAAAGUGUUGAACACAGAAGAAUAUUUUGUGUCUUUGGGAAAAAUUUACAGGGGGAGGUGCACACGUUUAACGACUGUGAUUGAUUGCGUAAAGAAAACUAUUCUUUCAAACAUUUUUUUACGAUAAUUAAUUUUUUUUUUUAAUUUAAAAUUUGUUUUAUUUAUUUAAAAAGAAAAAUAGGUUUUGUUUAAUUUAUAAUUUUUUUUUUCAUACAAAUGUAUAUGUUGAAUUAGAUUGUUUGUUCCUUAAUUUUUAUUUUAUUUUUAUUUCAAUUACAAAAGUGAAGUGAUCCCUUUUGUUUUUUUUUUGGUCCAAAAACUAAUUUUUUUGUGUUUAAUUUUUAAUUUAUCUUGUUUGUAAAUGUGGUAAAAAAGUGAAAUUCACGUGUAAAUCACAAAGAAAAGCAAGAAAACAGAGAAGAAAAAAUUUGGAAAAAAAACUCAAAUAAUUUGUUGUGUUUUUAUAUAAGUUGUUUUUUUUUUUUAUUAUUAUUAUUUAUUUAAUUAAAAACUUACGAACACAUUUUAUUUAUUUAAAUAUAAAAUAGUUUAAGCUAUAUUCGAGCGAGAGAAAAUAAUUUUAAUUAUAAAAUAGACUUUUUUUAUAUAAAAAAAAUAAAUAUAAAUUUAAAGUAUUAAUUUUGAAGACUUUCAAGAGAAAAAGAAAAAUCUCUUUAAGGAUGUCCCAAGUAGGGCGUUCCGUUAAAAAUUUAGAAGCGCCAAGGCCGCUUAAAUCACAAUCACGUUCAAAUAUUGUGAAAAGUAAUUAUAUUGUCAUCGAAGAAUUAAUUCAAUUAAUUGAAACUGUGGCAGCUACAUUAGCAUCUGGUAUUAGUAAUCAAGAAGCAAUGUUACUUUUGGUACAAAAUUUACGUUUACAUGGUCCACAAAUGGAAUCUGUAUCGAAAGAUACUUUAGAUCGAGCUUUCGUUACAUUUCGUAAUGCGUCACAAGAUGAACGCUUAAAUAUAAUGACAAGAUUAAAUUUAUUGGAAUUAAUUGAAUUAAGAGCUAAAUCGUGGAAAGAUGAUGGGGCUAAUACUUAUUAUAAAGCAAAGGCAACUAAUGUUGAGCCUGAAAAUAUAACUGGGACGAUUAUUGAUCAAUCGUCAAUUAUGAGCACCUCCCCCCAAUCGUUGGUAACAGCCUCAACGGGAAAUGUUAACUUAACAGGUGGUGGCGGACAAUUACAGCAACAACAUCAGCAACAUCAACAAUUACAACACAAUCAAAUUAAUCAAACUGGAGUUACUCUUCUUGGUCCUGGAGAAGUGAUUAGAAACUCUGGUAAAUUUUCGAAACCAACUAAAAUUCCUGGUAAAAAUUAUUCAAAAGAUGAAGUUGUAAUACGAAAUGCCGAUUCUGGCAAAGUUAUGGGAAUUAAGGGUAGACGUGUCCACAUGAUUGAAGAAUUGAGUGAAACAAUCAUAUCAUUUCAAAGAGUUAAUCCUGGUGCAAAAGAGCGUCUUGUUCAAAUUACUGGACCUUCUGAAGAAAAGAUUAACUAUGCAAAACAAUUAAUUGAAGAUACAAUACGACGUAAUGCAUCCCCAGUUCGUUUAGAGCCUAUAACAAAUCAAAAUACGGGAACUGAAGGAGCUGGUUCAUGCAGUUCUUUAGCUUCUUCAAAUUCUGAUGAAGUAAAUAUGAGAUCUGGAGUAACUGGACAUCAUUUAAAUCGUAAUAGUAUUGGUGCUGUUAUUUCGAAUGUUAAUUUUGUUCAACCUGGUUUAAAUUCUGUUGUUAUGCCGAAUAUGAUUGGAACUAGUAAUAUCGUCUCACAAUCCAAUAUGAAUAAACGUUCUAAUGCUGCUGGUGGAAAUAAUAGUGGUCAACAACCAUUAUUGCAUUCAUUUUCUACAAAUGAUGCCACUUUAGGAGAAUAUAAAUAUACGGUUAACGUUGGUCACCAUAUUAUAAAAAUUACUGGAGAUAAUUGUGAGCUAGUCAGGGCUGCUAAAUUAGUCCUGGAUGAUUACUUUAGUAGUAACGAGUUUUUGGCUUCGGUUGAAGCAGGUGCCGCAUUCGACAAUGUUAUGAUUAACUCAACAUCUACUCCCACAACUCCCUUAACCGGUGGGCCAACAUUUGCACCACAAUCACAUCAACUUAUUUCUUCAACCCCGUUUGCUGAUAGUGGUAUUGGCUUAAACUAUAUGGCUGGACAGAUAUCUGGAAAUAGUUACGUUGAAGGAGAUGACGAUGUAUUUAUAAUUGAAGAAAAUGGAACACCAACUCCAGUGAACGGUUUAUCUAGAUCUAGAAGAAGUCAUUUCUCGAGAAAAGAUAGUACCCCACCUGACAGUACUAAAAGUAAAACGACAGAGGCUACUAAAAAGGAAGAAAGCAACACGAGAAUUGUACAUGAAUAUGAACGCUUAAUUUAUUAUGCUAAAAGUCCGCAUUCCUGGGCAUUACCACGCGAUUGGCAAAAGAUAGUCGAUAAACAUCCAUCACUCAUACGAAAUAAGGUAAAUAAUUCUUCAACGAUUGCAACUGUAACAGCCACAUCGACUACACCUUCACCAAACAAUAUCACAACUGCAAUUAAUGUUUCAACUAAUCCUACAAAUCCUAAUAUUUCUCCUAUUACUAAAAACACAAAUACUAAUGCUAAAACGGAAGACACAUUAAGCACUUUGCCUCAUUUUCCUUCAAUACGAAGGAAAGGUUUUUUUAAUCGUUAUACUUUUAGCAUUGACGAAUCAGAAUAUUUAAAUGAAAAUAUAGAUAAUUCAGUGAAAAUCAAUAAUAAUACCAAUAUUGAAAGUAAUAUUAACAAAGAAAACGAUGCAUGUACUAAUAAAAAUGUAGAUUCGGUUAAUGAUAAUGAAAAUCAAAAUUUAAUUGAUAAAGAAGAUAAUUUUAAUAAAAAUAAUAAUUAUACAAAGAAAGAUAAAGACGAGAAUACUGAUAAUUCUGAUGGUACUAUUAUUGAGGACACUGUCAAAAAUGAAAAACAUAAUGAUAUUAAUAUUUUAACAGCUAAUAAAGAUAUUGCUAACAAUGAAAGUAAAAUUGCUAUAAUUACUAAUAAACGCAUACCAAAAUUAAGCCACGCUAUGCGUUCUAACUCAACUUGUGACUAACUUUUUAUUUUAUUUAAUUUUAUAUUUCCUUUUUCAUAUUUUGAUUAACUAAACAUUUAUAAAAAAGAAUCGGUAUCAUACUUUAUUUUUGCCCAGUUAACACAAAAAACACAAUAACACAUAAUAUACAAUUAGUUUUUAGAUUAAUAAAAUUAAAACAAGAAAAAUGUAUCAAUUGAAUUAUUUUAUAUUUUCUGUAUAUCAUCAAUUUCUUUUGAAGGAUAUAAUUAACACUUAUCAAAAAAUCAUAACCAUUUUAAAAUAGCUAUAAAGCGAAAAAUUUAUUUUUUUAAUUUUAUUAAAACAAACAUAAAAAUAUUUCAAAC